AUAAAAAAUUCUGCACACAGCGUGAUAAUCUGACUUAUGCGGCGUAUGGUACAGGUACGCCCGCUGCUGGGUAGUUAUUGAUUAAUAAAUCUAUUAAUCAACACCCUCUUAGCGACAGGACAAUACCGUUGACGUCGACCAGCGCCGCUGCAUCGGCCGGAACACUGUACAGAUAUACCGGGUCAUCACUUCGCGAGUGCCGCGCACAACACUACCUGACAUUAUAGCGCAUGGUUUGUUUAUCGAAUCACCGUGGUUUCACUCUUAAUUAACUGCCGCUCUUGCUCAUCGGCUGUUGCGAAGGAUUACGUCGCUAGCGGGAUUAUUGUCUAGUUCCUCGGGAGGAGCGUUGGUAUCCCGUUGAUUCCGGGAUGGCGCCGUCGGAGAGGCGCCGGCCAUUGGCAGGUGGCGCUGCGGGAUCCGUCGGUCUUGUAUUCCUGUUCCUGGUCAGCAUUAGCCACGCCCAGUUCCAGAUGGGCGGCCAGGGUGGCGCCCCCUUCCAGAACAACUUCAAUUUCAAUCCGCAGGCCAUGCAGCAGGCACCCAUGAUGGGCAUGCAGCAGGGCGCGCAGAUGCCCAUGGGAGGCUUCGCCGGCAACGGCGGUUCACCUAAUUUCAAUCUUCCAGAUGGCAACAACAUCCAGAAGUCGGAUUACGUGGCACCCGAGUCCCCCUACUCGUACCGGCAGGAGGCGUUCCCGGAAACGCGGCAGUUCUUCGGCGCCAGCAAUCCGCAACAGUCUUUCAACCCAGCGCAGCAGAAUUUCAACAACCCGGCGCAGCAGCAAAUGCCGUUCAACGCGGCGCAGCCGCAGCAGAACUUUGACCCCGCCCAGUCGAUGUCCAUGCAGAUGGCCGCCAGCCAGGCCAUCCCGCAGCCGUCGCAGAGCCAGGGCCCGCCGGUGCAGUUCGGCAUGUCCGACGGGCAGUCCUUCCCGCAGCUGCCCAACAGCCGCUUCCCGGAGGUCAGCGCGCCCAACAUGCAGUUCAACGCGCCUUCCAUCCCCAACUUCCACGAGCCGGAGUUCGACUUUUCCGGAUUAGAGCGGCUGCAGGCCGGCAUGGCCAGCGUGGCCACCGGCUGGCCGCAGGGCACCGCCAGCCACAUGCAGGCCAACGGGCCGGUGGGGCCGGGUCAGAUGGCCGUCCCCGGUCUGCCGCCCAACAACCCGCUGCAGCAGCUGGCCUUCGGGAGUCAGUUGGACGACCGGCUGAGCGCCGCGCCGCUGGACAGCGGCAACGGGGUGGCCGACAACCAGCCCUCCCUGUUCCUUAACCUGCAGCAGGGUCAGGGCGACUUCAUGGACCCCGCGCGGGCCAUCCACCGGCAGAACGCCCGCCAGCCGGGAAGUAGCCAGGAGGUCGCGCCGGCGGUCACCGCGGAGCCGGAAGCGGACGCCACGUACAGCAGUAGUGAGGAGAGCCACGAGGCCGACGCCCAGCAGCUCCUCUCGGCGUCCACCCAGCACAUGGCCAAGACGGGCCAGGAGGUCAUCGCCACCGUCAAGGCGGUGCCGUUAGACCGCCGCCCGGUGCCCGCCGUCCCCACCGCCGCGCCGGACCGCCGCCCGCUGGCGACCGUCACCACCGCCGCAGCGGAAGCCGUCAGCGAGGAAGCCACAACGGAGGCGGUGACCUCGGCGGCGCUGCCGGACAUCCCGCCCAACGGCCCGACUUGCGGCUUCCACGGCGCGGAGAAGUGGAAGAAGAGCGUGUGCGAGGAGUGCGUGUGCGAGCGCGGCGUGACGAGCUGCAGUCGGGUGCAGUGCACGGAGAAGCCGCCGCACACCGGCUGCGUGCCCGUGUACCGUUUCACGCAGUGCUGUCCCACCUUCCAGUGCAACGGUACCGCUCGAGGUCAGGUGCCGUCGUUGGAGGUUAAGGCAGUCCAAGACGGCGACAACUGCAGCGCGGUGGGCGACUUUGUUCCCGCCUCGGUGAGCAGUCCGUGUCUGGCCUGUAAGUGCAACAGCAAACUGAAGAUCCAGUGCAAGACCAUCACCUGCCCGCCGGCCCCCACGGAGACCGGUUGCAAGGAGCGCCUGCCCAAGAACCCCGCCGCCUGCUGUCCGGAGUACGACUGCCUGCACCCCGCCGGCAAGGUCACCUCCGCCGACGGCCACCACGACGAGGAUGACGGCGAUGAGGACGUCGCGACGGUGGAGCCGACCACCACGGUGGUCACCAAACCGCCCACCACGGCGGCCACCACCCAGGUCACCACCGAGGAGGCCCUGACCACCGAGGAGCCCAUGGUUAUCAAGGUCCUGCCGGUGACCCAGCCGCCGACGACCGUGCCCACCACCCCUACCGCCGCCACGACCUCGACCACGGCCUCGACAACGACGACGCCCAGUUCCGGGGAGACCACCGUGUGGAACCCGCGACGCCGCCGCAGCACCACGACCACCACCGCCGCGUCCAGCGCUGCGGCCACGUCGACGCCGGCCACCACUGGCAAAGCCAGGACGACGACCACGGAGACGGCCACCACCGAUGAGGAGGGCGGGGACGACGAGACAACAACAUGGCCGGCGUUCCGCCCGGCCGGCGCGGCCAUCGUCCAUGCUCCGGACGCCGAGGCCGACAUCCCGCGCGCGCAGCAGAUCCGUUCGCAGGUUUCCGGUGCGGCAGAGAACAACGUCGCCUUGCCGAGCGCGCUCACCAAGGCCAAUGCUUCCACCACAACGAUACCAACCACGGUGGCGACUACCUCGACCACGUCCACGACCACUACGAAGACGACGACCACCACCACGGCCGCCACAACGGCGAAGCCGACAACCUCCACAACCACGACCACCACCACGCCAACGACGACGAAGACCGCCGCAAAGGUCACGGCGGCGUCGGCGUCCAAGGGGGUCAUCCGUGACUGUCAGGGCGGCUGGAAGUUCCCGGCCGGUUGUGACAUUAACCGCGACUGCACGUACAUCGCCCGUUGGCGGCAGAACCCGAUGGACCAGACGGUGCAGUUCAAGAUCACCACGCGCGACGCCGACAAGUGGACCGGCAUCGGCUUCUCCAACAAUAAAUCCCUGGCCAACGUGGACAUGGUAGUCGGUUGGGUGGACGCCGCCCAGAAGAUCAUUAUCCAGGACCGGCACGGCGACGCACACCAGCCGCUGCCCGACCAGCAGCAGACCAUCGCCAACCUGCGCGGUGUGCGCGUCGGCCAGAUGACUACGCUGCAGUUCACGCGCCGGCAGCGCAGCGGCGACGAUAAGGAUGUCCACGUGGAUGACGUCAACUGCCCGUAUUUUGUCUUCCCGGUGCGCGGGGGUGCGUACGACACUUUCACCAUGAAGAUCCAGCCGCAUGUCGACGAUCCGGAGAUGUCGGAUGUUGGGGUGUGCAUCACCAAGUGCGCCGAGACUGCAAUGGUCGACACCACGCCCGUCCACUUUAUGACGACGACCACGCCGGCGUCGGCAGCGCCCACGCGCACCGCUGUUGCCGGGGCGACCACCCAGAAACCCGCAGUCAACCCGACCACGGCCGACGAGUCCGAAGACGACGCCGACUCAACGGCGGCAUCCGCCAAGAAGAGCGUCGCCGUUUCCGGAAACACCGGCGGCCACUGUGCCAACGAGGGCGCCGUGGUGUCGCUGAACCCCUGCCAGAACUGCAGCUGCCAGAAGGGCGUCAUCCAGUGCGUCAACGUGGUGUGCAAGGACACCUUCCUGCAGCACCAGGGCUGCACGCCGCUCUUCAAGGUCGGCGUCUGCUGUCCCGAGUGGCAGUGCCCCAACCAGCCGCCGGCUACCACCGCCGCGCCCCGCUCCGCUCUCCUCACCACGCUGGCCUCCGUAGCCAACGCGUCGCCGACCACCACCCAUGAGGCUCUGGCGGCCAGGAAACAAGCGAUCGGGACGGAGGAGACGGCGGACAGCAGCGAUAACAGUGAGUCUGACCAGUUGAUCCCGGACAAGAUGGGCGUGGUGACGCCGUCUGCCGCCUGGCUGGAGCGCCAGCGCCACCUGCCGACCUCCACCGCCGCCGGCCUGCAGGACGAAGAGACGUCCAAACCAGCAGUCGCCGUUGGAACCGCCUCGAACAACGGCUGCCUGAAUUUCGCCUGCGGCGCCAACGCCACCUGCGUCAUCGCUGAUCCACGCACCGGCGCGCCUAGUUGCGUGUGCAAACCCGGCUUCGAAGGCAACGCCAAAAUCGCCUGUGUCCUGUCCAGCCAGAAGUCGGGUCUGAAUUCCUGUCGCUUCAUCAAGUGCGGCAAGAACGCCCAGUGCUAUGCUCUCAACGGGCAACCUCAGUGCAAGUGCAUGAGCGGCUUCAACGGAGAUCCCAAGAAGGCCUGCGAUGAGCAGAUUACCGGCGGAUUCGUACAGCCCUUCGAAUGCCAACUGCGCGGCGAAAUCGGCGGUUGCCAGAACUUUGGCAUGCGCUGGCAAUACGACUCCCGAAUUUCCGGAUGCCGGCAGUUCGUCUACUCCGGCUGCGCCGGAAAUGAAAACAACUUCGAGAACCGGCAGCAGUGCGAGCAGCGCUGCAUGCCGCCGCGCCGUCUCUUUAAAGAACAGCAGUGCGCCUCCAACGACGACGUGGACAACCCGGCGUGCGCCCGCUGCGAGUGCACGGAGCAGGGCCACGUGGCCUGCACGCCGCUGACCUGCGGCGGCCCGCCCAACCGCGACUGCAAAGCGCUCCCCGUCGCCGGCGAGUGCUGCCCCAAGUUCGACUGCUCCUUCGUCAACGCCACGCAGGACGCGCCCGCCGUCACCGAGAGCCGCAGCGCCCUCUGCCCCGGGGUGAUGUGCCGCGAGCCGACCUUCCGCGCCGGGUGUACGCGCGCCGUCGUCCCGGGCGAGUGCUGCCCGUCCAUUCAGUGCAACACCCGCGGGAACGUGGAGGAGGAAGAGGAGACUAGUACUAAAGCGGCGGAAACGGCGGUGACGACUGCCGCCCGCGGGACGGGGGUGCCCUGCACCGCCGACGACAAGAUCAGCUCGUCCAAUCCCUGCCUAUCCUGCCAGUGCGUCAACGGCCUGACUAACUGCAGCCAGAUUAUGUGUCCACCCAUCACGCCCGAACAGCGCCGCAAGUGCCGCAUCUCACAGCUGGCCAAUCAAUGCUGUCUGAGCGUGGAAUGCCCCGUCGUCCCCACCACCACCGUGGCCGUGACCCUUCCGACGCUCCCAACAACAACAACGCUGACAACUUCAACUAAAGCCGCAACCACCGCUGCCACGACGCCAGCGUCGACGCGGGCAGCGCCGGAAGUGACGGCCAAGGUCAGCGUGCUGCAAGUGACCGCCAAGCCGGCGGCGGCCCCUCCCGCGGGCAAGCCGGGCUGCUCGGAGCCGGCGGACACCGGCGUGUGCCACGCGGAGAUCACGCGCUGGUACCUCAACCCGGCCACCGGCGUCUGCCAGACCUUCGUCUACAGCGGAUGCGGCGGCAAUAAAAACCGGUAUCUGACGGAAGAGCGCUGCAAGGCCGCCUGCAAGUGAGCGCUGCGUGCAGUGGAUGAGGAUUAUGGCCAUGGUUGUUGCGUUACGGUUGAUGCAGUCGCUCCUAUGGACUGACUCCCCUUAACUGCUUCCUUCGUUGUCGGUUGAAAUAUGUUUCUGUUGUUUGUUGUCGACAGUGCCGGUUGUGUUACGGCGCUCGUUGAGUUUGUCUGUUGACUGGCGCUGCGUUUUAUAUACAUCGCUGUUAACACUGAAGCUAUAGAGUACUAAUCAUUACAUAUGUAAUUAUAUGUACGAUGUUGAUUGAUGUAAAUAAAAUUAACUAAU